GUGUGGUGGGAGAUGGCAAUUUGAGUGCAAUGGGCUGUUGGCAUAAUGGGAUAUGGAGAUGUGUGUGCGGGGGUAGUGCCUGAUGAUAAGUGGGAUGUGGGGCACAAGUGCAGUGGGAUAGGUGGGGAGGCUCAGAGGUGUGCGUGCUGGAGGGACACAAGUGAAGUAAGUGCAGAGGGACGCCCAGAGUGGUCAAACUCGUGGUCAGGGGCUCUGCAGAUGCAGUGUGUCACCGGGACAGAGGGCUGUGAAGUGGGCAGGGGGAUGCGUGUGCAGUGAGGGUGAGUGAGGGGACACUGGAGUGGCUACGUGUAGAAAUGAGUGUGCUAUCGGGCACGGGAGCUACCUCCAUUCGGGGGCUGCGGAGGGGUAUGCGGUGUUGUGUAUGGGGAUCUGAGAGGAAGGGGGCCGAGCUGUGGGGCAGGAGCACUAUGGGCCCCGAUGGAGCGGCUGGAGGGAGCUGUCCGUGGUGCCGAGCCCGACCCACUGAGCCCGUGGUGCUGAGCCCGACACAUUGGGAGCUGUCCGUGGUACUGACCCUGCUGGGAGAGGAGGUCGCCUCUCUUCUACCUCUGGCCUGGGGCAGAGACGCUCUUGCUUUUCUCCUUCCUUUCCUUCGUAGAUAGGAAAUUCUGUUCCAUCCUCCAGCUUUCCUGCCUGCACUCUGGCCUCACCGCCGAAGGGCUCCAGCCUGACUCUCCCUGUGCACCUGAGUGCCCCCAUUUUGCCUCAGAUGAGUGGGCUCGGGAAAGUACAACGGGGUCAGGAAGCUCUGCCUUCCCCCAUGCCAUCUUCUGGAAGCACGUUCGCUGUCUCUUUCUCUUUGAGGUCCAGUGCCGGUUCACUGACCCCAGGUGGCAGAGAGCUUUGGUCCCCUUGGAGGGGACUGGCCUCAUGGCAGGGAAAUUGUGAUUGAGUACUCUUGCACGCAGAUGGAAAUUUCAUGCCCAUCUUGUGUUGGCUGGCAACGAAGGGAGGGGGAGCUGCCUUUGUUCCAGGCAAGGGAGCAGAUGCAUGUCAGUGUUCAGCCUGCUGGGGCUGCACACACGCAGCACAAACACACGUGCAUGCAUGCGCAUGCGCACACUCCUGGCCAGACACUGUAAAAAGCAGUCUUUCUUCUCAGCUGUCCCCUUCCUUGCUGGAUACAUCCUCCUGGCCACAACCCUGCUCCCAUCUGCUCCUCUGCUAGCAUUCCCUUUGUUGGCUGCUUGUAGAGACCUACAUCUUAUUCUUGAUGGGCUCUUCGUAACUGACUACUUCACCCGCACACCACGCAAGCUCAGUCCCUUCCGCUCCUUUGCCAGCAUCGAACUCUUUCAUUUCCACAUCCCUGAGGACACGGUCAUUGCUGUUUGGAAUCUCAUCACCUUCAAAGAGCAAGGUGGCACCUUUGGGGACCAAUGCCCAGAUCGUAGCAUCACCGUGUAUUUCCGCUCGGGGGCUCCUUCCGUCAUUAACCCACUGCACACACACUUUCCCAGUGACACAGCUGUCCCUGGCUCCUUUGCGCUGACCCUCACCUGGACCUUGCCCAACCGCACCACAGGGGUGUUCAAUAUCACCAGCCCUCUUCCUGGAGACUGGUUCCUGGCUGCCCAUCUGCCCAAGGAUGAGGGCAAGAUCUCUGUCAAGGGCCUCUAUGAGGAGUGCCAGUACCUCUUCCAGCCACAGCUCAUUGUGCAGCGCCUGGUGAACAUUGCCGUGCUAUACCCUGGUUACAUCACUGAGCAGAGCAUGGCUCCCCAUAACCGCUCCUGCCUCUACAAGGUGUUCGUGCCCAGCUACACAUCACGUGUGCUGGUGGAGGUGCUGCGAUGCCGCGGGGUCGAGGGCUGCCCACUCUGGCUGCGCAUGCGAGCGAAGGCCCCCCCACUGCACAACUCAACAGCACUGGACUGCCGGGAGCGUGUGCCCUGCCAGCUGGCACUGGACCUGCCUUUCUGGCAGCACUGGUACUAUGUGCUGGUAGAGAGGCACCCUGGGUCUCCGGGCACCGUCUCCUUCCAGAUCACUGUGCAGCUGACAGACUGCUCCCGCCCCAGCCUGGCCCGGCCGCCCUUCCUGCCCUCCAGCGCCUCCAUGAACAUGCCGCACUCCUUUGGUUCUGCGGGUGGGAUGGUGCUGGGGGACAGCCCCCCUCCCACCAGCCCCAACAGCACCAAGCGCCCGCUCCCCAUCUCUUCCACCAUGCCUGCCACUGAGCGCUGCUGGCCCAUCCGCCCCACGCUGCGCAACGAGCUCGACACCUUCUCCGUCCACUUCUACAUCUUCUUUGGGCCCAACGUGUCAGUGCCACCCGACCGUCCUGCCGUCUUUGUCAUCAACCUCCUGCCAGUGCUGGACAGUGGCGGGGUGCUCAACCUGGAGCUGCGGCUCAAUGUGAGCUCCCUGUGUGGUGAGAAUGUGACAGUGUUUGGCUGUUUGAACCAUGAGGUCCCGCUGACAUCUGGUGACAACACAUCGGUUACCUGUGAGACAGAGUCCCUGGCAGGCUUCCUGCUCUCUGUCAACGCCACGGCCAGCCUGAGCCGCCUGCGCAUCCCUUACCCCCAGACUGGCAGCUGGUACCUGAGCCUGCGCUCCCUCUGUGCCACAGAGCAUGGGUUCGAGCCUUGCACCAAUGUGACAGCUGAGGUCUACCUGCGUGCCUACCUCUCACCCUGCAUCAACGACUGUGGCAUCUAUGGGCAGUGCAAGCUGCUGCGUACCAACAAUUAUUUGUAUGCAGCCUGUGAGUGCAAAGCUGGAUGGAAUGGCUGGGGCUGCACUGACAAUGCCGAGGCAUUCUCCUAUGGUUUCCAGCUCCUCUCCACCCUGCUGCUCUGCCUCAGCAAUGUUAUGUUUGUGCCUCCUGUGGCCAUUGCUGUGCGCAGUCACUACCUCUUAGAAGCUGCUGUCUACAUCUUCACAAUGUUCUUCUCCACUUUUUAUCAUGCCUGUGACCAGCCAGGCAUCGUGGUGUUCUGCAUCAUGGACUAUGACGUGCUGCAGUUUUGUGACUUCCUGGGUUCUCUCAUGUCUGUCUGGGUCACUGUCAUUGCCAUGGCCCGGCUGCAGCCUGUGGUCAAGCAGGUGCUGUACCUUCUGGGGGCCAUGCUGCUCUCCAUGGCACUACAGAUGGACCGCCAUGGGCUAUGGAACCUGCUGGGACCCAGCCUCUUUGCCUUGGGCAUCAUGGCUAUUGCUUGGACGGCUCGCUCCAUCCGUCGCCGCCACUGCUACCCACCCACCUGGAAGCGCUGGGCGUUCUACCUGUGCCCAGGUGCACUGAUUGCGGUGGCUGCCGUGCUGCUCUACGCCUUCGUGGAGACAGAGGAGAACUACUUCUACAUUCACAGUAUUUGGCACCUGCUCAUCGCCGGCAGUGUGGGCUUCCUGCUGCCACCCCGCGCCAAGCCCAGUGGGCGCCUGGGGCCGCUGCCCCGCCGUAAGGGCUGUGGGUACCAGCUCUGCGUCAAUGAACAGGAGGAGCUGGGGCUCGUUGAUCCAGCGGUGGCCUCCAUCAACAGCAUUUGCACCAGCUGAUGCUAGUGCACUGGGCUCAGGCAGGGAUGCUGACACAGGGAACAGCAGGACUCCUCUGGGCUGGUGCACAGCUGUCCCAGUGUCACAAUUACAGCCCGGUUGAACUUGUCAGCAGGCAUUGCUUGCCACUCCAUCUGGCUCAGGAGUGCCCCUGUCCCCACUACCUUCAGCCCCCCUGGUGACACCUUGGUGCCCUGCAUGUGACUGUCCCCACCCCAUAGUGCUGGAGCGGUGACAUCCCUGCUACUGCCACCAGCCCUGGGCAGCUGCAGGCACUGAGCCUUGCUGGGAGAGAGCAAUGCAUGCGCUGGGCCCCCAGAUCUGCUUACAGUAACGCUGUCUCAGCCUGAGGGGAGUUGGGGGAAAGGUAUUCUGGGGGGCACACAAUGACAGUCAAGUCCCCAAGACCUGUGUGCCAGCCAGGGUGUCCUCAUGUGCCCCUGUACAGCCUUAGGUCAUGUUGGCAGUGGGGCAGAAGCUGUGCCACAUACUGGGCUGCAUCCUGGGCUCCUGCCAGCUGCAUGAGGGGGGCAAAACCCUGACUCUGGGCACCCUGAGGGGAUGGGAGGUGAGAUGGAGCAGAGUGAGGGAGACCCAACUGCCCCUUCUCCCUGCUGCAGCAGAUUGCUUCAUUUCCCCAGGCUGCAGCCCAGGAAUGGAUCCUGGUUCACAGCGGGCUGGGGGUUGGUGGGUGCAGGGCAGACAGGGGCAGCUCCGGGCCCACUGUUCAGGGGGCAGCAAGCAGUGCUGAGCCAUGGUGCCUGUGCGAGGGCCCCGGGAUCCGGCACCCGGGAGCUCAUCCUCCAUCCCUGUCUCUGCCAGGCAAAAUGCUCUGUCUGGUCCAGCCAGGCGGCCGGUUGGGGAUUAAUUUUUAAUUAAAAA